AUGGAAACGACAUGUCGACACAGUUCGAUUUUCGCGGUGGCCAGUUACUCUGACCGUAGUGACCCUAGUGCGGAAUUUACUGACCGGAACGCCUGUGGUUCGAACCCGACCUCUGCAUCUCGACUUCUCUUGUCUUGGGAUGGGCAACCUGCCAGUAUCUCAGCCCUUCUGCUUCCUUCGUGUGGCAUGUCAGCUAGGCACCCAAAGGGCGCUACAGUUGAACGGUUUCAGAUCAAAUUAUCCAGUAUAUGUCACCUGUUGAAUCUAAAGUCAUCGCGGAGAUGUCAGUUCUUCAGCGCAUACCAGGGUGCGCAAGCCCGGUUGAUUUCUAUUACUGUAGGAGAUGAUUCAAAACACCCUCAAAUAUUCCGGAACACUAGCCCUGCCAAAGUUUUCGGCGAAGAAAGAAAAGAACUGACAGCGUUGGAAGGACGUUUAUACAGUCCUUCUAGGGACGCUCAAGAACGAACUCGGCGGGUUGGCGAAGAUGAAGAAAGUCAUGCAUCUGGCGAUUUAUUGGACGCGUUUUCGGUACGGUUCGGUGCUUAG